AUGAGCCCCUCCGCCCGCCGCCCGCUGCGGCUGCUCGCCCUCGCCUACCUGCUGGCCACGGCCCUCGGCAAGACGGUGAGGUACCGCACGGACGAGGAGGGGGCGCCGGGCACGGUCAUCGGCACGCUGGCCGACGAGAUGCCCGUGAAGGCGCCGGGCGAGAUGAGCUUCCGCCUGAUGCGGCAGUUCAGCAACAGCUCGCUGGUGCGGGUGCGUGAGGAGGACGGGCAGCUGAGCAUCGGCGACGCGGGGCUGGACCGCGAGCGGCUCUGCGGGCAGGCCCCRCAGUGUGUGCUCGCCUUCGACGUGGUGAGCUGCUGGCAGGAGCGCUACCGCCUGGUGCACGUGGAGCUGGAGGUGCGCGACAUCAACGACAACGCGCCGCGCUUCCCCCACGCGCAGAUGGCGCUGGAGGUGUCCGAGAGCGCCGCGCCCGGCACGCGGCUCCCACUGGAGGUGGCCGUGGAUGAGGACGUGGGCUCCAACUCCAUCCAGAGCUUCCAGGUGUCCCUCAACAGCCACUUCGGCGUGGAGGCGCAGACGCGGGCAGAUGGGGCGCGCUGCGCCGACCUGGUGCUGCUCCAGGAGCUUGACCGCGAGCGGCAGCCCACCUACACGCUGGAGCUGGUGGCCAAGGACGGCGGCAGUCCAGCGCGCUCCGGCACGGCCACCGUGCAUGUCCGUGUGCUCGAUGCCAAUGACAACAGUCCCACCUUCGCGCAGAGCUCGGUCACGGUGGAGCUGCCCGAGGAUGCACAGCCCGGCUCCCUGCUGCUUGACCUGGAUGCUGAUGACCCCGAUGAGGGCCCCAACGGUGAAGUCGUCUACACCUUUGGCAGCCAGGUGCCCCCGGAGGCGCGGCGGCUCUUCCGCCUCGAUCCGCGCUCCGGCCGCCUCACGCUGGAGGCCGCCGUGGACUACGAGCGCACUCGCACCUACGAGCUGGAUGUGCGCGCCCAGGACCGUGGCGCCAGCCCCCGUGCUGCCACCUGCACAGUCAUCGUGCGACUCACCGAUGUCAACGACAACGCGCCGCGCAUCAGCAUCAGCGCCCUCCGCGGCGCCACCAGCGCCGCCGGGGUGGCCUAUGUCAGCGAGGCCGCCGCCAGCGAGAGCUUCGUGGCGCUCGUCAGCGCCUCGGACCGCGACUCAGGCGCCAACGGGCAGGUGCGCUGCAGCCUCCGCGGGCACGACCACUUCGCCCUGCAGCGCGCCUAUGAGGACAGCUACAUGAUAGUGACCACGGCGGCGCUGGACCGCGAGCGCAUCCCCGAGUACAACCUCACCGUGGUGGCUGAAGACCUGGGCUCGCCGCCCUUCAAGACCGUCCGCCAGUACACGGUGCGGGUGAGCGACGAGAACGACAACGCCCCGCUCUUCACUAAGCCCCUCUAUGAAGUGGCCAUGCCAGAGAACAACCCACCUGGUGCCUACAUCACCACCGUGGUGGCCCGCGACCCUGACCUCGGCCACAAUGGCAAAGUCACCUACCGGCUCCUAGAGACUCAGAUCAUGGGGGCCCCCAUCUCCACCUAUGUCUCAGUGGACCCCGCUACUGGGGCCAUCUAUGCCCUCAGGACAUUCAACUAUGAGAUCCUGAAGCAGCUGGACCUCAGGAUCCAGGCCACUGAUGGGGGUUCCCCGCAGCUGUCCAGCAGCACCCUUGUCAAGGUGAGGAUGGUGGACCAGAAUGACAACCCACCCGUCAUCAUCCACCCGGUGCUCACCAACGGGUCAGCAGAAAUUGGUGUUUCCAGCAAGACCUCCCGUGACUCCCUCGUGGCCCAGAUCAAAGCCCGAGAUGCAGAUGAUGGGACCAAUGCCGAGCUCACCUUUGCCUUCCUAGAGGAGCCUCAGCAGGAGCUUUUCACCAUCAACCCAAGCACUGGGGACAUUGUGCUGAAGGGUGACCUCUCUGAAGAGCUGGGACAGCUGUUCAAGGUCAUUCUCACUGUGACGGACAAUGGCAGACCGCCCCUGGCCACAACUGCCACCAUCAACUUUCUAGUGACCGCCACGGCUCCUUCUAGCAUCCAGGAGAUAGUCAAGCCCAGCUCCUGGGAAGGAAAAGCUGUUCAGUGGGACAUCCCUCUGAUYGUGAUCAUUGUCCUGGCAGGCAGCUGCACCCUCCUCCUGGUGGCCAUAAUCACAAUUGCCACCACCUGCAACAGGCGCAAGAAGGGCAACGAGAUGAAAAGCCACAGUUCCUUGAAGGAGCAGGUAGACAUCUCCCACCUGGAGAAGGGUCGGCAGGAGGACAGCAGCCAGAGGGCAAACGUGUUUGAAGUACGRACCUUUCCCAGCAAAACCUCCUUCACCAGCCCCGAUUCUUCCCCGGCUGCCGAGGAGAUCUCGGCUUCUGAAAACGGCAGCGAGAGCACCUGCCUCUACGAGGGUCAGAAGCGGCUCAGAGGGACGAGCGGGGAGGGUUUCGCUGCCGCUCCGAGCUACAGCAAGGAGCCCGCCCCUGCCGUUGCUGUUUGGAAGGGGCAUUCGUUCAACACCAUCUCCGGGCGAGAGGCAGAAAAAUUCAGUGGCAAAGACAGUGGCAAAGGCGACAGCGAUUUUAAUGACAGCGACUCGGAUAUCAGUGGAGAUGCCCUGAAGAAGGAUCUCAUCACGCACAUGCAGAAUGGACUAUGGGCCUGUACUGCUGAGUGCAAGAUCCUGGGUCAUUCAGACCGCUGCUGGAGCCCCUCCUGUGGCCGAGCCAACUCUCAUCCUUCUCCCCGUCCUUCAGCACCUCUCUCCACCUUCUGCAAAAGCACAUCUUUGCCCAGGGAUCCCCUGCGCAGAGACAACUUUUACCAGGCGCAGCUGCCCAAGACRGUGGGGCUCCAGAGCGUCUACGAGAAAGUCCUGCACAGGGACUUUGACCGGACAAUCACACUGCUCUCCCCUCCACGUCCAGCAAGGCUCCCAGACCUUCAGGAGAUCAGGGUGCCCCUCUACCCGUCCCCUUCAACUAGAUACCUGGCUCCCCAGACUGACGACGCUGAGAAGGUGUAGCCCUCCACACUCCCCGAGUGCACGCAUCCGUACACGCACACGACUAGGUCACUUCCAAGAGCCUUUAAGUUAUUGACCAGAUCCAGUGUU